CGCGGUACAACUCGGUAGAUCCGCAAAUGCGGGGAAAGCUACAGAUCACCGUUCGAUGAACAGCAUCAGGAGCAGAUCUCACCUCUUCAAAAAGCCAUCUUGUCAGUUGUCAGAUGCCUAAACACUCGACCAGCGCAUGUGUUGGGAAGGAAACACUUAAUUUCUCCGCAUAAAAGCACUCCCUGGUGGGAUCCCGCAAUGACGUCGACCACUCCUUGCUCCCGCGAUCGAUCGAUCCUCCGCAAUAAAUAAAUACAUCGCCAACCGAACACACCUCCACGCCAACAAGCUCUCAUCAAUUCAUUGCUGUUCCUCGGACCCAGCAACAUGCCCUGGUCCACCGCGCUUCCCCAGGCGAUUUUCGCCAACCCUCUUGCAUCCGUGGUGACGCCCAUCACCACCGGCUCGCUCAUCGGCUAUCACACCAAUCGAAAAGGAAGGACAAAGCAAAUCUACCACUCCCUCAAGAAACCGCCCUUGUAUCCACCCACCUGGCUCUUUCCGUGCGCUUGGACCGCCCUCUAUGGAAUGAUGGGCUUUGCGAUCCACCACGCAACUGUCUCGGGAACCAUUGCGACGAUGGAUUCGUCGACAAUCGUACAAGACUGGGCGGUCAAGUCACAAACACUAUAUAUCUCGCAACUGGCGUUGAAUCACCUAUGGAUGCCCCUGUUCUUUAUGCUACGGAAACCGGCAUGGGCGCUGGCGGAUAUCUUGCUCCUGGGAGGGAAUGUCGCGGCGUUGAUGCAUAUCUGGUGGAAGCAUGAUCGCGUGGCGUUCUGGUUGAUGGCGCCGUAUGCGGCUUGGUUGGGAUUUGCGACUUAUUUGAAUGCAGGCGUGGGGAUGUUGAACCAGUGGACCAUUGGGGGAGGACAGAAGAAGCAGGAGUAAUUCGUUGGUCUGGUGGUAGUUUAUUUCCCUGCUAUGGGGUGAGUUUGUUAUCUUAUGUUGAGUCUAUAUCCACAGAAGCUUUCUACCACUUAUGGAAUUUGUGAUGCUUGAAUGUGCACUCUAUAUACUUCCUC